GAUACUGGUAUAGAACUCGGACUGCCGACCCCUGUGCCAGUCGGUGAAUUCGGGCACGAAUUUCCUGUUUCAUGCGCUCGCUGGCAUUAUAGGUAGAGUCCAGCAACCAUGCAAUUACAAAGCAGACCAAAAUGUCGCGGUGGCCAGACUGAGUCGCCAGCGUGGCCGGGCAGUCUUCGCCGAGCAUCCCUGUGUGCUGGUCGUCGCUUCCAGGGGCGCAGCAGCCCCGCACCCAGCCCCAGCCCCAGCCAGCCCGAGCUAGCCGCCCCUACUUUAAGCCGCGUAACUGUACGGAGCUCGCUGGCGGAAGCCGCAGACGCAGCCAGCCGGCACGCGGCGACCACCACCACCCCCUCGCCGCCCAACUCGCAGCCCGCUUCCCCGGCCGAGCCCCCUGAGACAGUCACCCGCCACAACUUCGCAGCUGCUCUGCCCGUUAUCCGCGCAGCCAUUCGCGACGCGACAUUUGUCGCCAUAGACGCGGAGUUCACGGGACUGUCUCCCGAGGGCAACGGCGGCGAGGAGCUGCUAGAUGAUUAUGAGGAGCGAUACCGGCGCAUCGCGAACGCCGCCUCUAGCUUUGUGAUUGGGCAGUUCGGCAUCUCCGCGUUCAAGUGGGUGCCGCCGACCUCCAGCAGCGGCAGCCGUGGCGGCGGCGGCGGCGGCGUGGGUCACUGGGAGGCGCGCACCUUCAACGUGUAUGUGUUCCCGCGCCCGCUCGACGGGCUGGGUCUGGACCGGCGCUUCAUGUGCCAGGCCUCCAGCCUCACUUACCUGGCGGAACAGGGUUUUGACUUCAACAAGAUGAUCCGUGACGGCGUCGGCUACCUGCCGCUCAGCUACCGGGACGCCAAGGCCGCGGGGCUGGCGGAGCAGGCGGACAACCAGGCGCGCAGCAGCGAGCUCAAGGGCGAGGAGGAGGAGGUGUUGGCCGAGGAGACGCGGCGGGUGGUGCGCGAGUGGCUGAUGGGCGGAGAGGCGGAGCUGCAGGUCAAGCUGCCGCCCACCCGGCGGCUGCGCACGCUGCAACGGCUGCUGGUGCAGCAAGAGUUCCAGCUGCCCUCUGCGGGAUGGCAACCCUUCAGCCUGGAGGAGUUCUACCCGCUAGGGCCCACAGCGGCGGCGGCGGCGGCGGCGGCGGCGCCGUCACAGCCGCAAGGCAUCAGCAGCGUCGGCAGCAGCAGUGCGCUUGACGGCGAGGAGGACGGCCCCGGUGGGGGCGGCAGUAGCAGCGGCGAUGACGAGGACGGCGUGUGCAUGCUGCCGGCGGCCAGCGGCAGCGGCUCGGGCGGCGCCUUCGUGCAGCUGUCGCGGCCGGAGCUGGUGUCGCGAGCUCUGGCGGCGGCGCGCAAACGGUGGGUCGGCUGGACCGUGAUGACGUAUGCCGAGUACGCAGCCAGCCGCCGCCAGAAGAGCGGCGGCGGCAAUGGCAGCGGCGCCGGCGGCGGCGCGGCGGGCGCAGGAGCCAAGGCGGAUGCGGGCCGCGCGUCGCCGAGGCUGAUCGGGGGGCAGAGGGCGGCGGCGGCGGUGGCGGGUGGCGUGACGGCGGCGGCGGCGCCUGGCGGCUCGGUGGGCGGCGUUGAGGCCACGGGUGGCGCGGCGGCGGCGGCGACUGGGAGAGCCGCAGAGGCGGUGGGCGCGAGCGAGGGCGCCGCCGCCGGCACCAGCGCGGCGGGUGCGGGCAAGGCAGUUGGCGGGUUGGAUUCGGAGCGGAAACGGCUGAAGGCGUUCACGCGGCGUGUGGCCGCGGUGUCAGCCGGCCUGCCGCCGGCACCGCCCACCGCGCCCGCCGCGCCCGAGGACGGGGUGGAGAAGCAGGAGGCUGAGGCGGCGGGCGUGGCGGCGGCGGUGGCGGCGGCAGCGGCGAGCGAGUCUGGAUCUGCCUCUAGCGCUACAGUUGCUGACGCUGCGGCGGCGGCCCAGGCGGCGGCGAAGCAGGCGGCCGAGGCGGAGGCGGAGGCGGCGCGGCAGGCGGCCGAAAAGCUGUACAGCCUGGCUCGCGCGGCCGAGAAGCUCAGAGGAGGGUUGGGUGCGGGUGCGGGCCAGGACGGCAGCGGCAGUAGCAGUGGCGGCGGCAGCAGCAGUAGCAGUGGCGGCAGCGGUGCGGCGCUGGGGCUGCAGCGUCCGGGACGGCCUGGGCGGAAGCUGUGACCGGUGCACUGUUCAUGGUGGGCACAACUGGGACGGUCCGGGAGACCGAGAUUGUCAUGGCAUGAAUGGCAAGGUUGUGAUCCGGACAAGCAUUUGGCGUGUUGCGGGGGUGCGGACCCGGGUUUGCGGGUUUGCCAACUGGGCCGGACAGAUGAGCAACCGCGUCGGUGGCUGCCAGGGGCGGCAAGGGAGCUGCGGCGGUUGCUGUGGCGGCUGGCACUCUGGGCAGUGGGUUGCCGACGUGUGCCCGGCAGUGCCACUGGCCGCUGCGGGGUUGGGUGUUGAUGUCAAGCAACGUAGACACAUUUUAAUCGCGUGUUGGAGAAGGCAACAGCGAGCGUGAUGUCGCUUGACGGCUUGAUCAUGUCUUGAUGGUCGGGGCUUCGCACCGGCAGUGCGCCUGCACCCGUUGCACUGCUGUUACAGUGCAAGGGACAUCACGUGAGUUGCUCUCUUCCACUGCACUGGGGGGGGGCGCAUCUGCAGUGUCGCUCCGUCACUCCGGAGUCCCUUGCCGGGAUCGACCUAUCUAUCGGCGCAUCUGCACCCUUGUGCACACGGGAAAACCAACACGCACAAUCCUGUUCAAUGCAAUUUAUUACGCCGCAGCUUCCUCCGGUGCAGCCCACGCACGUGGCUGGAGUGGUGGCUUCUGUCACAGGUCUUCCACUACGACUUGGCAGUCACAGAUCACUCCUACCUCGGCACUCUGUGCGGUGACUACCCUACCGCUGCAACC